CUGCCUGCCUGCCCGCUCGUGAGGCGACUCCGGCCCGCUUUGGAGGAGCUCCUUCCAACCCCCGCCUUCCGCGCGCCUUCCUCCUUGCAGGCCUAGCAAAGCCCGCCGCUCUGUGAGAGCCUCCCACGGCCAGCCGAGCUGGCCUCCUCCGCCAUGGAGCCCGGCACGACGACGGGCGGCCCCGUCGUGGAGAAGAAGAGGAUUAGCUCAGAACGCAGAAAAGAGAAAUCUAGAGAUGCAGCCAGAUGCCGGAGGAGUAAAGAGUCGGAGGUAUUCUAUGAGCUUUCUCACCAGUUGCCUCUUCCCCAUCAUGUGAGCGCACAUCUUGACAAGGCCUCCAUUAUGAGGCUAACGAUCAGUUACCUGCGCAUGAGAAAGCUGCUUGAUGCAGGUGACCUGGAGGCAGAAGCUGAAAUGGAGACACAGUUAAAUUGCUUUUACUUGAAAGCUCUUGAUGGCUUUGUCAUGGUUCUCUCAGAGGAUGGCGACAUGGUUUUCAUGUCUGAAAAUGUGAACAAGUGUAUGGGACUCACACAGUUUGAGCUGACUGGACACAGUGUGUUUGAUUUCACUCAUCCGUGUGACCACGAAGAGAUGAGAGAGAUGCUCACACACCGGAAUGGUCCUGUGAAAAAGGGAAAAGAACAGAAUACAGAACGCAGCUUUUUCCUCAGAAUGAAGUGUACGUUGACCAGCAGAGGAAGGACUGUCAAUAUAAAGUCUGCCACAUGGAAGGUACUUCACUGCACAGGGCACAUUCGUGUCUACGACAAUUGCAACAAUCAGACAGUGUGUGGGUAUAAAAAGCCUCCCAUGACAUGUUUGGUGUUAAUCUGUGAACCUAUUCCUCAUCCGUCAAAUAUCGAAGUCCCCUUGGACAGCAAGACGUUCCUCAGCCGCCACAGCCUUGACAUGAAAUUUUCGUACUGUGAUGAAAGAAUUACAGAACUGAUAGGGUACGAUCCCGAAGAGCUAUUAGGCCGCUCCAUAUAUGAAUACUAUCACGCCCUGGACUCUGAUCAUCUGACAAAAACACAUCAUGACAUGUUCGCUAAAGGGCAAGUGACCACCGGACAGUACAGAAUGCUUGCCAAGCAAGGGGGCUACGUCUGGGUUGAGACUCAAGCGACUGUCAUAUACAACACUAAGAAUUCCCAGCCACAGUGUAUAGUGUGUGUGAACUACGUCUUGAGUGGUGUUGUUGAAGGGGACUUGAUUUUUUCGCUCCAGCAAACUGAGUGUAUGUUGAAACCGGUGGAUUCACCUGAGAUUGGAGUGAUCAAAAUCCUUGACAGUCCUGAACAGGAAGACAGCAGCAUCCUCUUCGAGAAACUUAAGAAGGAACCAGAUGCGUUAACCUACCUUGCUCCUGCGGCUGGAGACACCAUAAUAGCAUUAGAUUUCGGCAGUGAUGAGUCUGAUGAGCAACAGUUUGAUGACGUUCCUUUGUAUAACGAUGUAAUGCUCCCCUCAUCCAGUGAGAAAUUGCAGAGUAUAAAUUUGGCAAUGUCCCCACUACCUGCUUCUGAAGCUACAAAGCCGCUCCGUAGCAGUGCUGACCCAGCACUCAAUAGAGAGGUGGUGUCCAAGCUGGAGCCCAGCACAGAGCCCUUGGACCUUGCUUUCUCCGUCCGUCGGACGCAAGACCAGCCAGCCACUCCUUCCGAUGGAAGCACCACCCAAAGCUCACCUGAGCCCAGUAGUCCUCCCAAUGACUAUUGCUUUGAUGUGGAUAAUGACAUAGCCAGUGGGUUCAAACUGGAGCUGGUGGAAAAGCUAUUUGCAAUAGACCCAGAGUCAAAGAUCCCGUACUCUAUGCAGGAAACUGAUUUAGAUUUGGAAAUGUUAGCACCCUAUAUCCCCAUGGAUGAUGAUUUCCAGUUACGUUCCUUUGACCAGCUUUCUCCACUGGAGAGCAGUUCUGCCAGCUCUGCCAGCUCUCCUUCCAACGUGGCCACGGUCACGGAAUUUCAUCCUGCUCCAUUGUCGCCGCCUGCUACAGACAAGAUAAAGCCAGUGACAAUCAAACAUGAGGAUGACUUGAAGGCACUUGUAGCUCCUGUUCACAUCACCGUGGACAGCAACAGUGCUCCAGCAUCACCCUAUACGGAGAAUCCCAGUCGAACUGCAUCCCCGGUCAGAGCAGGAAAAGGCACAAUAGAGCAGAAAGAGAAACCGAGUCCAGGAGCACCAAACUUAUUGACAGUCACGUUGGGUAAAAGUAGAUCAACUACAGUGAAUGAAGAAAUCAAUCCAAAGUUAAUAGCGCUACAAAAUAUUCAGAGGAAACGAAAGAUGGAACAAGAUGGCUUGCUUUUCCAAGCAGUGGGAAUUGGCACAUUACUGGCACAGUCAGGUUCUCCUGGAACAAAUGUCUCCCUGGCCUGGAAGCGUGUAAAAGGAUGUAAACCUAAUGGACAGAAUGAGGUGGCAGCGAAAACAGUCAUUUUAUUACCAUCAGAUAUAGCAAGUAAACUUCUAGGGCAAUCGAUGGACGAGAAGGGACUACCACAACUUACCAGCUACGACUGUGAAGUGAAUGCUCCCAUACAAGGCAACCGAAAUCUGCUACAAGGCGAAGAAUUGCUCAAAGCCCUGGAUCAAGUCAACUGAGCAUUUUUCUCCCCUUCACAAUUGUUCUUUUUUUCUUGGACACUGGUGACUCACCACCUAAAAGCAGUCUAUUUAUAUUUUCUAUAUCUGAUUUUAGAAGCCUGGCUACAAAUACUGCACUAAUUCAGUUAGUUUGUGGUUCUGACCCCUUUUCUACUUUGGACAAUCUCUUACGUAAAGAGCGUUGGGUUUUUUUUUUCUUUUUCUUUUUUUAACAACAGUAACUCAGCUAAUGGGUGCAUUUUUGGUACUUAAACAAUCAAAGUCCAGUACAUUUAGAACACGCUUGCAAUGGCAGCUUUGAAGUAGGCACCUUUUUUUAAAGAAGUAUUUAUUUUUUAUGUUGAGCUGGAGUUUGUCACUGAGGAAAUUUCUAUCAAAUGAUACAUCACAACAGUAAAACUGUCUGAGCCUUCCAUAGUGUGAUUGCAGCCACACUUGAAGGCAACUUGUGCUCUGUUGCUGGAUUGAUGUUCAGAUAAAUUUUUACUUAACUUUUUUUUAAAAAAACAAACAAAGAAACAUUGCUUUGCAGCAGUACAUUUGUAGCCACAAUCGCACAAUCUAUUUUCUUAAAUAAAAAACAAAAUGCCAGCAGUUCUUAAUGCAAUAUAUUCUGCAUUUAUAAAGCUAGUUUUUAAGGAGAACAUUUUUCCCCUUUUCGGUUUUGCUUUUUUUUUUUUAAAAAAAAAAAUUAUGUUUAUUGCCUGUGAAAUCAUGUAGAACAGCCUUCCUCAACCUGGGGCGCUCCAGAUGUGUUGGACUGCAUCUCCCAGAAUGCCCCAGCCAGCUGGCUGGGGCAUUCUGGGAGUUGUAGUCCAACACAUCUGGAGCGCCCCAGGUUGAGGAAGGCUGAUGUAGAAGUUUUGGAGUAACGUUGUUUUUUGGUCACGUUGUACUACGAGAGGGUUUUUAAAUGCUGUGUUAAUGUCCAAGUGGGGUUAGGGGGAAAGGAAGGGUUUGAUCUCAAGAGGCUAGCAACGUCGGGGGGAUUUUAGUUCAGGAAAAAAGAUGACGGGGGGGGGUGUUCAUAAAAUUAUAAACAGUUGUGGAGAAAGCAAAUAUUUUUCUCUUUUGCAAUACUAGAAAUUGGGUUCACCCAAUAAAGUUGAUUUUCAGCAUAGGAAACCCACCCCCCGCAUGCACACAGUUUUUCACAUAGCGCAUUAAUUCAUUGCUACCAUGUGGAGACGGCCACUGGCUUUUAAAAAGAAUAAAGGAUAAGGCUAUUUGCCACGAUCGCUGAAUGGACCCUCCGCGUCUAGAGGCAGCGUGCGAGUUUGCCAGGGGCCAAAGAACAGGGGAAGGGCUUCGGGCCCCGCUUGCGGUCUUCCUAGAAGCAUCUGGCUGGACUAGAUGACUCCUUGGCCUGAUCCAGCACGGCUCUUCUUCUGUAAUUUAUGUGGAUAAAUUCUCUUUUAAUUGAAAGUUAAAGAGGUUUUUGACGUUUCAGUUGCUUUGCCAGCUCAGAGAGAAUUCUCCCCCUGCCUAUAGCUGUGAAAAGUUCAUGCUAAUAUUGUGCAUCUAAUAAUUAAAUGUUCCAGUUACCUAUUUGGUAGAGGUGAUAUUUCAAGCCAAUCAUAAAACAUCCUGCCUUGUUAGCAGAGUUGCCUAGUUUCAUCACUGAGUUGCUUGGUAAUAUUUGAUGUUUUGGUUUUUAUGCACCUUGUUGCUAUUAACAUCCAUGUGUUUUAUUUUGUUUUAUUAUUUUAUUAUAUUUUUUUGUUAACGAUAGAUUUCAGGUACACUGAAUAUAUUUUAGGAACCUUUUUUAUUUAGGGAAUAUGUCACAAAACAUCUUAUUUUCCUUCUCUGUGCUGUAUAAUAAUUCCCCCCCUCCACUCAUUCUUUUUUCCUCUUUUGUGGUUGGAUCUAACACUAACUGUACUUUUAUUACAUCAAUAAACUAUACGUGGACCAGG